UGGGAAAUUGGGCGGGAUACCCCAAGUCUUGAAGAAUUACUCAUUGAAAAGAAGCCAACAGGCAUCCGAGCUGGACCGUGGAGAAGUUACCGGUACUCAAACCAACAACUCCGUUAAUUUCCGUUUUUUUUUCUUGCGUGGACGAACAAACAGGGCAGCUGCAAUGUGGAUUCAGGUGCGUACAAUGGAUGGGAAAGAAACCCACCAGGUGGACGCGUUAUCCAAGCUCACCAAGGUGGACGAGCUACGACUGAAGAUCUCGGAGCUCUUCAAAGUGGAGCCUGAGAAGCAGAGGCUGUUCUACCGCGGCAAGCAGAUGGAGGACGGCCACACCAUAUUCGACUAUAACGUGGGCCUGAAUGACAUCGUGCAGUUGCUUAUUAGACAGAACGCGCCCCCUGCUGAAGCUGCCAAAAACAAGGACAAAGAAGCCGAGCUCUCGGACUCGGACUCUGGCUGUGGCUCAACCCAGAGUGAGUCUGACAAGAACUCAACUCAUGGUGAGACAGAGGUUCAGGCCGCCGGUACUUCUGCCCAAACAAACACAACAGAGCUGACUGAUCCUGGCUUCGGACAUUACAAGAUCAAUGAAAUGGUGGAUGCAAGAGACUUGAAUAUGGGGGCGUGGUUUGAGGCCCAGAUUGUGAAUGUCACCAAGUCCGCCAAGACCCCUAAAGUAGAAGUGGCCGAAGGGGAGACUGCAGAAGAGGAGAUACUGUACCAUAUUAAAUAUGAUGACUACCCAGAGAACGGAGUGGUUCAGUUUCUGGGCAAAGAUAUUCGCCCAAGGGCCCGCACCGUGUUCCAGUGGGAGCAGUUGGAGCCUGGUAUGAUCGUUAUGAUCAACUACAACACAGACGAUCCCCAGGAGCGUGGCUUCUGGUAUGAUGCCGAGAUCCAGAGGAAGAGGGAGACGCGCACUGUGAGAGAGGUUUAUGCCAAAAUUCUUCUCGGAGAUGCAGGUGAUUCUCUCAAUGACUGCCGCAUUAUGUUUGUGAAUGAAAUCUACAAAAUAGAGGAGCCUGGUUCUAAAAAUGACACCCCUGCUGGAUCUGAGAGUCCUCUGAAAAGAUCAAAUGGUCCCGAGUGCAAGCGCUGCAAGGACGAUCCCGAUAAAAAUUGCCGCUUGUGUAACUGUAGCAUUUGUGGCAUUAAGCAGGAUCCAGACAAACAACUUCUGUGUGAUGAAUGCGACAUGGCUUAUCACACAUACUGCUUGAACCCACCCAUCACCACCAUCCCAGAUGACGAGGACUGGUAUUGCCCAAAUUGCCGCCGUGACACAAACGAGGUUGUGCUAGCUGGAGAGAAGCUGAAAGAGAGUAAGAAGAAAGCUAAAAUGGCCUCUGCCAGCUCAUCAAGCCAGAGGGACUGGGGCAAGGGAAUGGCUUGUGUUGGUCGAACAAAGCAGUGUACCAUCGUCCCAUCAAACCACUAUGGGCCAAUCCCUGGGGUCCCUGUUGGCUCCCUAUGGAAGUUCAGAGUCCAGGUCAGUGAGUCUGGUGUCCACAGGCCACAUGUAGCUGGGAUACACGGCAGGAGCAACGACGGUGCCUUUUCUCUCGUCUUGGCAGGAGGCUAUGAGGAUGAUGUGGAUGAUGGAAAUGAGUUCACUUACACUGGUUCUGGAGGGCGAGAUCUGUCUGGGAACAAAAGGACUGCUGAGCAAUCAUGUGACCAGACGCUCACCCACAUGAAUCGUGCCCUUGCCAUCAACUGCAAUGUCCCGGUUAAUGUCAAGAAUGGUGCCCAGGCAAAGAACUGGAGGGAUGGCAAGCCAGUCAGGGUGAUUCGCAGCUGCAAGGGUCGCAAACACAGUAAAUACUCUCCUGAAGAAGGAAACCGAUAUGAUGGCAUAUACAAGGUGGUGAAGUACUGGCCAGACAAAGGCAAGUCUGGCUUUUUAGUAUGGCGCUACCUUCUUAGGCGUGAUGACGAGGAACCGGCGCCAUGGACCAGAGAUGGCAAGGAACGCGUCAAGAAGCUUGGUCUUGUCAUGCAGUAUCCUGCAGGCUAUCAGAAGGAGCAAGAGAACAAAAGUGAAGUGGAAGAGGAGGAGACACCCAGCAAGGCAAAGAGGAAGAGAAAGUCUCAAAACAGCGAAUCCACCAAAAGCUCACCAGCCAAGAGUCCCAAGAAAAUGAAGGUUGAGGUUUACAAGCUUUCUGGAGAACAGAAGUCUAUCAUCAAGAAUGAUACGCUAAAUAAAAAAGUGUGGGAUGAAGCAAUGGAGUCUCUGUCACUUGGCCCGAGAUUCCUGAACAAAGUUGAAGAAGUAUUCCUCUGCAUUUGCUGCCAAGAAGUGGUCUAUCAACCUGUCACCACCGAGUGCCAACACAAUGUCUGCAAGGAAUGCCUUCAGCGGUCCUUCAAAGCAGAGGUGUACACCUGCCCGGCCUGCAGACACGACUUGGGCAAAAACUACUCCAUGACUGUCAACAAACCGCUGCAGGAGAUCUUAAAUCAGUUUUUCCCAGGUUACAGCAGUGGCCGAUGAUCACCAGCAGCUCCUCCGACUCAGCAAUACAAAGUGUAAGGGCAAUUUUCAGUCAGAGGCAAUAAAGAAUCUGUUUUUCUUAAUAUAUUUUUAUGAUUUAUAAAUUGACCGUUUUUGUGGACUUCACUGCAACCAUUUUCCCAUGAUGGUUGUUCCUUGAUGUGUAGUUAAAGACAAAUUGAAAAUUCCCUUUCUUACUUACUGCCUGUACCAUUACGCCAUUGUUACCCUAAAAUGUGAUUUUUUUUUUUUUUGUAUUAUUAUUUUAACCGUUUUUGUUUCCAAUAACCUCAUAAUACCCGCAGAGUAAAUCAGUCGGACAGGUUAAUCCGUUUUUAAACUUGUGCUGCCAGAAGUGGUUAAGAUAUCUUCCCAAUUGUCCACAGUUGAGUCCGUUUUGUUGUGGCAGCUUUUAUUUGACGUUGGCUUUGGCAAAUCAGUUUUGGUGCAAUCUAUUUUUUUAAAUCUGUAAGCCAUCUCUUUUACAUGUAUAUUUUUCCUCUGUGCGCCUCUUAAUGCCCUAUUAACAGAAACCGUUUCCGGCAUUUGCCAGCUACCCUGUCAGACUAUAAACAUGCUAACUUGCUUUUACAUAAUUCGGUAACUGAAACUGCACUAUAGGAAAUCUAUGCAAGUAUCUACCCAGAUCUGUUUUGGUUUUCUAAAUACAGUACUUUCAAGUAUGGUAUCUUCAAGCUUGUGGGUUUUGUACCAAUUACUUUUUAGGUUUCCACUGCAUUAAUGUGUUAAGUAUAACUGUAAUGGAUUUGGAUCCGUAGAAAAGGUUGAUUCCAAAGAAUGUGUCUAAAGAGUCAUGUAGAACUCCAUAUUUAGCAUGCUCUUUCACUGUUAAUUGUAGAAAUCUCACAUGUUUUUUCCCUUUUUUUUUUUAAUUAAUGCAUUGCUAUUCAGUCACAUGUCUCCAUUUUAGGGACCUGACCUUGUUUAAAACUACUAAAAUUGCAUUUAGGAGGUGGUAAAUUGUUUUUGGAAGAUACCACCGUUCUUUUGAAAUGGAAUCUUGAAUGGUUGAUAUUUUUGUAUUUGUUAUGUUUUAUAAUUGGCCAUUUUCAGUGUGAAUAGUCACCACUCACAGAAUGGUAAAUAUUUUUCUGAAAUUGUAUGUCCAUUUUACUUUUGAUAUAUGGUUUUAGAACUGCUUGCACAUGUUGCAAUUUUUGUCAAUACAUUAUUCAAUAAAAUAAUAAAAUACUA